AGUGGCGCACAUACAGAGCACACUUAAUCGUGAGCAAGCUUUAGAGAUCUGUAUGCGAAACAACUCAUUGACAGUUUUUAUGGUCGGCGAUUGGGUGGUCUGUCAGUCAAGAAAAUGGAAGAAUGUGAUUAGCAUUUGAUAAAGAGGCUUGCUGGUGAUCAACCUGGAAACCUGUUGCGGCAAAAAUGAUUUUUUGACGGACUUUGACAUCACGUUUACCGUUAUGUUUGUGCCCACGGACGGGCAAUGUAUUGAGCCUUGGAAAGCGUACUACUUAGUAUAAAAUAGAAAACAUCAGAUGGCAUUUGUUAUCAAUUGUGAAGACAAGCCGCUGCGCAAGUCGAGACUCGGACCGCCUGAUGUGUAUCCCCAAGAGCCAAAGCAAAAAGAGGAUGAGCUCACUGCAGUCAGUGUCAAGCAAGGCUUCAAUGCAUCGCCCAUCACUCCCGAUGAAUAUGGCUCAGCCAAAAGCCUCAACAUCAACACCAGCAAGAUGUUGGAGAACUUCUCCGCCGUGCUCUCCAAGAAAUACGAAAUCAAUACGCUGCCGGAGACGGGCAAAAAGAAGCAGCAGAUUUCGCACCGGGACAACUACUGGCCGGUACCGACACGGCCCAAGGCGGCCGAGGUCUGGCUCAAGGACCUGGUUGGUAACAAGCCGUGA